CAGAGCGAUCAAACAAAAUUUACUUAUCAUGACUGACUAACAAUUUAUUUCAGCUGACAUGGGUAUUAUUUGAUCAAUAUUACUGUAUGAAAGAAAACACGUAAAUUAUUUGCUAACAGAUUUUAAAUUCGUUUAUUCUCCCAGCAAUUAUAUCCCUUUACUCGGCCUACGUGAAUGUUGUUUCUAAAGAAAUUAAACUACUUCAAUUUUUUUGUUGACUAUGACAUCAAGUUUGUUUUUUUGUUAUCAAGACAAGUUCACAUUUUUGUUUUUAUAAAUUCGCAACACGCAGUAGUCACUUAGACAAAGUCAAUGACGUCAUUCAAGUUAUGAAAACAAAAUUUUUUUUGGUGUUUUUAUAACGGUUUAUCUGGUUGAAAGGAUUUGUUAAAAUUUAACUUCAUAAGAAUGGCCAUGGAUGAUAUUUCCGUCGUUGUAACGUCAGAUUCUUCACUCACUUCGCAAGAACAAGGUAGUCCGAAAGCAUUACGCGCGAAGAAGGAAAAAAGUUUCAGGGAAAUCAACCAUCUUGAUCUGUUAGUUCCAGAUCCCAGUAGGGAAGAUGGGCGUGUAUCGCCAACGCCAGGCAGUCCAAGUUCAAGUCCACGAAGUUCUUUCAAAGGAAAAGGAGGCUGGGCAAAAAUAAAACGAGAAUUGAUAACUUAUAGUAAAGAAAAAUCGAAAGAAAAUUCAGCCGCGGAAAGUAGGACGAAGAAUAAGGAAGACGAAACAAGUCCAAUGAACCCUCCAAAAUCACCGGCAACCGGCAGAAAAAACCUCGAUGUGGUAAAUAACAAUAACCAUUAUAAUUCCAGUGAUCGAAAGAGAACUAUGAGACUGCUAAUACUGGGACAAGAUGGUGUGGGAAAAUCAGCAUUUAUCGUGCGAUACCUCACCCGUCGGUUCAUUGGAGAAUAUGAUCCUUCGUUAGAAGGAAUAUUUCGGAAAAGCAUAAACUUCAACAAUCAAGAAAUUAAUAUCGAGAUGAAAGAUACAGCAAGAGGGGUAAAUUGGCCAAAAAGAACAAAUGAUUUGAUCUGGAGUGACGCGUUGAUCUUUAUAUACUCUAUAACGAACAGAAACAGUUUUUUCGAAAUACAAAAAAUCAGUAAACAGAUAGAACAGCAGAAGAAAACACGUGGUAUACCGUGUUUAAUAAUUGGAAACAAGAAAGACUUAAGCCAUGAAAGAACUGUCAGUUUUUUAGAAGGUAGCAAACUCGCCUCAAUAGUACACGGUACAUUUUGUGAAUUGAGUGUUUCGGAUAAUUUCGUUGAUCUCGAAGGCGUGGUUAACCACUUCAUCAAAGAAAAUUGUAUCAGUUUUAAAUAUCCAACAACUCAGGUUCACAUGCUCGCUAGUAAAUCGAGUCCUGAAAUUAGACAAAAAGGUCAAGCUGAAAGGCCUAAUUCAACGCCGGAAUUUCCAAAAACUAUUGAGGUGGAGGAGAGCAAAACGGAGAAAAAAGGGAGAGCGUUGUGGCAGAAAUUACGGACGAAUAACAGUGAUAUCAAGAAAAGUAAAAAAUAGAUCUUAAACGGAGAGUGUUCGUCUCUGCUUCAUGGACGUGCGAUGCCCACCUGCAUUGAGUUCUAAUCCUUGUGUUGCUUUUCAGCACCGCUUGUUUGCGAGAAAGUACCAGCAUGUUGUAUGAGGUUGUGAUAACAAAAUUGGUGUAUGUUUUGUUUGUUUUGUAAAUAUUAAACGUUAGUAAGUUAAACCUCAA